CAGCUAUGGAAAUACCUCGUACGGGACUAUUAUUUAAAGAAUUUGUAAGAAGUUGGGAUUAAUAAAUAUAGAUACAGUGAGAUAUGAUAACCUUGUCUAAUUCCUCUCUUUGACUCAAAUCUAGGUGAGGUGCCAUGUUUCAGUUUGAUAGAGCAGUUACCAUUCGUAUAGAGCCAAUAGCCUUACAGAAAGGGAGUGGAUGAGGAACUGAUGAUCUAUUGUGUAUUUAACCACACCGGCAACUUGGAUGCAAUAGGUGGUUUCCUCCUGAAAAGAAUCAGUGGCACAACCUCUUCCAGAUCACAAUAGGCCUACUUGGAUAUUAUGUUUAAAUUGUGUUAUUAUGUUCUAAUUUGGUUAUUAUGAGCUAAAAGAGAAAGGAUUUCCUUAUUACUAAAGUAAAUUCUAAAACUGCAGGCAUUUCAACAGUGGCGCCCACAGCAACAGGGAGCCAGGGAGACCAAACCCCCUACUUUAAUUUUGAACUACAACUGCGACUUUAUUCGCAACAUUUUGACUUGAUUCUUAAAAUUACAUUUCGAGUAUAUUCUCGAAAUAUUGCCACUUUAUUGUCGAAAUAUUGCCACAUUUUUAAAGUACAUCGCCUCACCUUGCCCGUAUACCUAUUUAAGCGAUCCGCCUACAACCCUGUCUUCUGUGACAAACGCUCCCUGCACGACAUUAAUUGAUAAGUAAUGCUGUCCAAUCGACGGAGACCAGCCGUAGAAAUCCAUCCAAUGGUAAUUUUAGGAGGGGCGGGAUCCUCAACCCCGCAAUGACAAGAUUGACAGUGUUGUAAUUCAUUAUUUUUAACCCGAUACAACGCACAUUUAUUUUGUUUAUAUUUUCCAAAUCGUUAUUUUGGCCUUAGUCAUUUUGCCUGACAUUUUAAAAGAAGCGAGGUCGUUAAGGGAAAUACGAUUUGUUUAUUUUUUUGUCUAAAUGUGUUGGUUUCAUUUCGCUUGCGCGGUCUUAAAACUGCAUUUUUUGUAAAUGCUUUCGAUGGAUUUGCAAUCUGCAGAUUGAUUGAUUCCGACUAGGCUAAAUAUAGACAAUCAUCUGUGGGCUAAACAGUCGUUUUAGGUGUUCUGUGAUGGGGCAGGGUCCUGGACAUAACCAUGAAGUCCUCAGGAAGAACACUAUGGUUUGGCUCCCCAGCUUCCUGCAUGGUGGGACUUCCAGCCUGGUGUCCACUCUCACCACCUUCCCCAUCUACAAGAUCGUGUUCCGCCAGCAGCUUCACAGCACCGUAGUCAGCCAGGCGAUAGGCCAACUCAGGAAGGAGGGUUUCCUGAAGCUCUACAGGGGGGUGGUGCCCCCUCUACUGAUGAAAACCCUGAAUGGGACACUACUUUUCGGGAUACAUGACACUUUCCUCCACUGUCUCUCCUCCAUCACCAACCCCUGCGGUGUCAUCCCUCUCCCCGCGUUACCAGCUGUGGCCGGGCUCGGCACAGGCAUCGUGGAGGCCUUGGUGUUCACGCCAUUUGAGCGUGCGCAGAAUGUGUUGCAGAACGGGGGCAACGACCGCAGCCUGCCCACCCUGAGGAGUGUGUUGGCCCGGCUGGGGGCAGAGAGGCUGGGGUCGGGGUACUACAGAGCUUUCAUCCCCAUACUGGCCCGUAACACCCUGGGAAGCUGCAUCUACUUCGGUCUGAAGGACCCUGUCAGUGCUGCUCUGAGGGAGAAGGGGCUUCCUCCUAUGGCCUCAUCCUUCCUGUCAGGAAUGAUAAUCAGCUCCAUGGCGAUCAACCUGCCCCUGUAUCCUCUGUCUGUGCUGGUGGUCAACAUGCAGGCUGGGGUGGUGGGUGAGGCAGCGGGGGUGAGGGGGAGCUGGAAGGCACUGUGGGAAGGUCAGCUGAAGAGGAGCGUCCCCCUGCUGUACCGUGGAGGUUCCCUGGUUAUCCUCAGGAGCUGUAUCAGCUGGGGAAUCACAACAGCCAUCUACGACCAACGCUCCGCACACUGAAACACAACACCUCAUUGCUCCAUUCCAGACAAGGUCUGCGUCACAAAUUGCACCCUAUUCCCUUUGCAGUGCAAUUUGGGAAGCACCCAGGAAGAACUUCUCAAACUUUCUCGUCUCUCUCUCUCUCUGUCUCUCUCUCUUUGUCUUUCUCUCUCUUUUGCUUCCUCUCUCUUUCGCUUCCUCUCUUUCGCUUCCUGUCUCUCUCUCUCUCUUUCUCUCUCUCUCUCUUUC